CUUUGCGGCUUUGGGGUGCUUUUUUCUUAAUGGGGACUUGUGCGUCCUCAGUUAUAAUUGUGUUCAGCGGAGGAAAGUACGAGUCGCCUCACUGUUUGUCUUAAGAGAUUUAAGUUCUGGCCACUUUAAUUGACAUUGCCUCGCUCUUAUUUCUGACAAGCAGCCGGCAGUUCAUGUUCAUCAAAGAUGUCGGGUAGACACCACACGAGUGGUGAUGCCUCUUCGGGGGAUGCGUUAACGCUCGCAGCCAUCGAGGCGGCCCUCGCUCCAGGUUUACAUCCCGACACAUCUGCCGCGCUGUUGGCGUCAGUCGAGGUUGCUGUCGCCCACGCUUCCAAGCCGGUUGUGAUGCACGUGAGUUCCGUAGAUAUUGACUGCAAUUUGAGGCUCGUCUCGUCGUCAGGCAGCUCAUCCGGAGCAGUUAGCUCUAAACAAGUGGCGGGAUCUUCUUGUUCUGUAUUAGUCACUAAGCCCGAUGGUGUCUUGGAGAAGGAUUGGAAGCGACGCCACUAUUUCUGGAGCAGGUUUGACCGCGGCAUCCGCAUGGAUGUUGCUGGAUUCUUCGAGGUGACUCCGGAAUCGAUUUCUGCCUACAUCAGCUAUAGAUUUCGUCACCUGCGGAGCAUUGUCGACGGGACCGUUGGAUGCGGGGGUAAUUUGGUCCAGUUUUUACGACCGAAUUCCGAUAUCAUUGACGAAAUAGGCCGCUGCGUCCUUCCGGGAUGGCCAAGCACUACUGGAGGAGGCGUCAGCAGAAACGCGAAGAACCGAAAUCACCACUCUUGGAACCAGCUGGGACGACAAACGGGACGACACCGACUGCUCGUAGGUGUGGAUAUUGAAGAUAUUCGUCUGGAAGAUUGCACGCACAAUUUGCGCAUUUACGGCCAUACUGGUCGGAUAGAGCGACCCGAAGAUUGUAAUAGCAAAUCUGGACGAGUAGACAAAGUGCAGAAGGAAUCACCACGAGCGCGUCUUACUUCUGCUGUUCCAAAUUUAGAUUGCACUGCAGAAAUUGAGGCACACACUGACGUUAGCCCAUUAAAGCCCAAUGGCAACACCACUGCCGUGGUAUCAGAGGAAAUGCAUCUUCGGCGGGGCAGGUUCGAGAAGGUAGCUUCAUCACUGGUUGAUAUCUCCCAUGUGAGCUUAGACGCUAGCGAAAUCCUGUGUGAACAAGAACGCGAAAGAAAAUUUGACGUCGUUUUCCUCUCGCCACCGUGGGGUGGUCCCGAGCAUCUGGAUCUCGACGUUUUUCGGUUUUCUUUUGUGACGGACGUAGCCGGCAUACCAUGCGACAUCCGAGAAUUGUUUGCGGCGGCUUGCGGUAUAGCACGGAACGUUGUUCUCUACCUGCCGCGACACCAAGACCUGCGGGAGUUGGCGCAGCUAGCUGCAGACUUCGGCUUUCCCGAGUUCGAGGUGGAGAGUGUCUGCUACGUAAAGCCGCAUCGGCAUCGCAAGCUUCUCAUUGCUUAUUUCGGCCGCGACCUUCUCUUACAGGAGCAAGCGCGGAUGUACGACAAAAUGGCUGUGAAGUCAGCAAACAGCAUUGGGAAUGGCAAUAAUAGCCCCAUGGCCGACCAUGGUGGUGUGGGCCGUCUCGAUAGCACAGAGGAUGAACUACAAGGAGUCGCCGACAAAUCCUCAAAACAGGCUGUUUCCGCGAGACCGGAAAAAUGCGACGACAUCGUCGUAGUAGCUGAAGUAAAUGAUCGAAACUGUAACAAGGCUCCUUCGUCUGGUCCUGACAGCAAUUUGGGGUCAUCGUCUGCUUGCUCCUCUGCAGGAUCGCGUGAGAGCCGAAGUACUACACCACAACGUCCUUCGUCGCAACGUGCAGAGGCAGAAGAAGUUGCGACCGAACAGAGAGGGCAGAGGCGCCGUGAAGUACUAACCACAAGGUUCGAUUACUGUCCAGAAGGUGUGUCGAAAGUACGCAUUCUGAGUAGAGGUUUCAUUUCUCGAGGCAUGAUCCCAAAAAUGACGAGACUGCUCGAACAGCGUGGGGUUCCUUUGCUCUCGCUUUAGAUCUUUUCCACUUGUGAAUUUUUUGCCACAUGAAGUUUUUAUUCCACCUAGUCUCCCUUUCGUCUCCGUUCAUCAACCCGAAAAAAUUCCACAGUGAACGAUAUCGU